UCGGUGGGAUUCUGUUGUAUUGUUGUCUCAGCACUCGUGCAGUGGGAUUUAAACUCCGAAAACAUAUUUUUUAAAUCGUUCGAGACUCCGCUUCGUUUUUAUUGAUUUAACUAGGCUGCUGGGCGACGGGACACCAAGAUGCCACCUAAAAAACGCCACUCUGGGACGAGCCAGAGCAAAGAGCCGAAGCCCGGUGCUGAAAGUGUGUCUGCAGACAAGAAGGACAGUCCAGAGUUAUCUGUGAAAAAACACAGAGAUAAGGAUGCGGCGUUCGUGGCUCUCUGCAAGAGCCUUCGUGUGACGGAUCCGGUGUGUGAUCGAGCCUGGACGCUGUGGAAAGCUGUGCAGGAGUCUAUGGAUGAUGUGACUGACAGUCAGAAAAGGCUGUGGGGCGCCUGUCUGUUUGUGUCUGUGAUCGACAUGGACGUUUCCUGCUUCACCCUGACUCAAGUCCUGAAAGCCGUCAGUCUGGAUGUGACACAGUUCAUGAGCGUGGUGAGGAAGUUGGACGUGAACCUAGAUACUAUUAGCACCAAGGUGACCUCAGCUCUGACGCGACUUGAGAAGAAGUAUGAGGUGAUGCUCGCUCUGUACCAGAGGUUUGAAAAGAUGUGCAAGAACAUCUUUGUUUUGACUUCUGAUGGCAAGGAAAGGGAAACUUUGCGGACAUGCUGGACGAUGUUCCUCUUGGCUAAAGGAAGGGCCCUGCAGAUGGAGGAUGACCUGGUCAUAUCGUUCCAGUUGUUGCUUUGCACGCUGGAGUUGUUCAUCAAGCGCUGCUCUCCAGAACUUUUGCAGCCUCUUUACAAAUCGGCCAUCAGCAAAGUUCAGAGUCCCCCCACACGGAUAUCUCGUCGUAACCAGAGCAAAGCCAAACCCCGAGCUCCGGACCCCGAGGUGGACGUGCAGCUCCUCGAAACCCUCUGCAAAGAGAACGAAUGCAACGCUGAGGAGGUGAAGAACGUUUAUCACACCAGCUUCACGGCGUUUCUCGACUCCAUGGAUCUCUCAAGAUCCUGGGAUUUUCCUCAGGUGAACGUCGCAGACCAGCAGUACGAAGAGCACUACCUCAAGAGCAGAGACAUCGACGGACGGCUGUUUUUCGAUGGAGACGAAACCGUCUUUGCUCCAAAAGUCCAGAUAUCCCAGGUGGAGAGAACGCCGAAGAAGAACCCGUCGGACGAAGAGGGUUCGCUCGUCCCUCCUCAGACGCCCAUCAGAGCUGCCAUGACCUCCAUCCAGAUGCUGAGAGGCGACCUCACGUCUACCGGCGACCAGCCGUCCACCACCCUGGCAACAUAUUUCAAACAAUGCACCGUGGACCCGACGCAGGACGUGCGGAAGCGCUUGGAGGCGCACGGUCAGGCUUUCAGCCAAAGAUUCGGUCAGGCGGUCGGCCCGCACUGUGUGGUGUACGGCCGGGAGAGAUUUUCCCUCGGUGUCAGAAAGUAUUACCAAGUAAUGGAGGCCAUGCUUAAAUCGGAGGAGAAGCGACUGUCGGUGCAAAAUUUCAGUAAACUCCUCAAUGACUCCACAUUCCACACGUCGCUGUUGGCCUGCGCUCUGGAGGUGGUCAUGGCGGCAUAUGGAGUGAGCAGUUUCAAAAACGGAGGCUACAACCCCGGAGGGGGCGAAGCAGCCGACAGGGACGUGUGUUUCCCCUGGAUCCUCGACGUGUUCGACCUCGCCGCUUUCGACUUCUACAAGGUCAUCGAGAGCUUCAUCAAGGCCGACCCCACUCUGAGCAAAAACAUCAUCAAGCACCUGGAGACCUGCGAGAACCUCAUCAUGGAGAGGAUCGCGUGGAGGACGGGCUCGCCGCUGUUCGAGCUGCUGAAGCAGGAGCACGAGGGCGGGGCGGCGGAGCAGGUGGAGACCCCGGCCAGUUUCAGCCAGCCGCUGCAGCACAACCACACGGCGGCCGACCUAUAUCUGUCCCCCAUGCACCCGGGCGUCCGCGCGUCGCCUCCGGAGUCUCCGGCCACGCCGGCCACGCCGGCCACGCCCAGCUCCCAGGCUUCCUUCCAGGCUUCCUCCCAGGCUUCCUCCCAGGCUUCCUCUCAGGCUGCCAGCCUCACUCCACGACUCCCCAAGUCCAACUCCCUCAGCCUCUUCUAUAAAAAACUGUACCGCCUGGCCUACACCCGGCUGAAGACCCUCUGCUCCUACCUGCUGUCCCCCCAUCCUGAACUGGAGCCCAUAAUCUGGACCCUGUUCCAGCACACCCUGCAGCACGAGUACGAGCUGAUGAGAGACCGUCACCUCGACCAGCUGAUGAUGUCGGCCAUGUACGCCAUCUGCAAAGUGAAGAGUGUUGACCUGCGCUUCAAGACCAUCGUCACGUCUUAUAAGAACAUGUCCAACACCAGCCAGGAGACCUUCAAGCAUGUGUUGAUCACCGACGGCCACUAUGACUCCAUCAUUGUUUUCUACAACCAAGUGUUCAUGCAGAAGCUGAAAACCAACAUCCUGCAAUAUGCGUCCACCAGACCGCCGACACUCUCUCCGAUUCCACAAAUACCGCGCAGCCCCUACAAGUUCCCCAACUCCCCUCUGCGCGUGCCGGGGAGCAACAACGUGUACAUCUCCCCGAUGAAAAGCCCCCGCAUGUCUCCGGGCAUCAUGACCCCGCGCUCCAGAAUGCUGGUGUCGAUCGGCGAAUCCUUCGGGCAGUCCAACCGCUUUGAGAGGAUCAACCAGAUGGUCAACAGCAGCGAGCGCUCCUUCAAGAGGACCCUGGAUCUCGGCUCCACUCCAAAACCCCUCAAGAGGUUACGCUUUGAUGUGGACGGGCAAGACGAAGCCGACGGCAGUAAAUCUGGAGGAGACUCCACACUCAUUCAGAAGCUUGCAGAGAUGAGCUCCACCCGGAGUCGCAUGCAGGAGCAGAAGAUGAAGGAGGACGCCGAAUCAAAGAAGGAUGAACUCUAAAACCUGCUGAACUGACCUGCACUGUUUGCUUUUGUUUUCUUAAAGGUCACACACAAAGUGAAGCCGAGCUUUUCUGUACAUUUAGCCUGAUUUUAGUUUGUAUUUAACUUUGAGGAUUUAUAUGUGAAUAGAGAGGACAUCCUCCUCUUUUUUUUGUUUUUUUGAGACUUUAUCUGGGUGUUUUUACUAAAUGAUUGACAUUUCAUUUGGAUUUAAUUAGGGAGAAGAUGUUUGCUUUUAAGAAUGUUCAUUUAAAUCGCAUAAGAAAUAAUAGUUUGUUUAUUUUUGCAGAAAGAACUGCAAACACACAGCUGGUCCUUGCGUUCUAUAACUGACAGAAGUUUUGCUGCCAUCAGGAAUUUUUUUUUAAACUGUCGCUACAGAUUUUUGACAUUUCAAAUGUCUCCAUCAUGAUGCAACAUUUUAAAUGUUAAAUCAUGAUUACACCCUGCGAACGGGAGUAAAUGUCAUUUGCGGAGAUGGGCUCUCCAUGAGGAACAGUAACGCUUUUUUAUGCUUUUUUUUUUUUUAAGCAACAUCUUCUGAAAGUUUCGUUCAUGCGAGAAAAACUUGAACUGUUGAACGUUGCUCAGAGGAAAGUCGUGUGCAUGAUUUCUACACAUCCAAAGUAUGUGCAGUUUACAGGAAGUGCUGAGCUUGAAUCAUGAGUCAAUAAGGUCAGUUUUGGUGUGAUCCUAAAUUAGUGCAAAGCUUCUUCUCAUGUCGCAAAACUUAAUUAAUAUUUUGAUACACUCGCUCACGUUAUCGGGGGAUUUUUGGAAGCAGGAACAAUGUUUUGAAGAAAAAAAAUAAGUAAAUGAACAGGAAAUUUCUACUUUAACUUCACUUCAGUGUAAAAUAUCACUUAAAGAGUUUUGAAAGUAAUGCACAUAUUUCCUAAGAACAUUUUUUUUUUGUACUUUAUUGUGUAAAGUUUACCACACGUAGGUUUUUCGACGGUCAUGACUCCAGUGGCGGGUUUCUUUUGGUGCGCAGUAGCCAAAGCGAGCGUUCAGUUAUCGCCCACCGAUCAAAGGUAAAGAAGAGGUUCAGUGUGUUUUCUGGCUUUGUUACAGGUUUGUUUUUAUCUCACCGCCCAGUGUGUGGCGUCACAGAGCUGUCAUUACUGUAGAUCUGCUGGUUUGAUAGACUUGGAUUUUCACCCGGAGAAAAAUAGUUUGUGGUUGUUUUAGGCCGUUUAUAUUGUUCCCUCUAACUGAUGAAGAGGCUGUCUUACUUUAAAAAGAAAAUCACUCAUUGACUGAAAUAAAUGACA